AGGUGGUUUACAUAUUUUAUAGUUUAUUUACAAUUUAUGCAUAUAUUAUGUACAUGGAGUGAGUCGACAAAAAAUAAGAAAAUUGGUUAGGGGUAAUACAGAUUACAGACAUAAAUACUAUUAUGGAAGAGGACGAUAUUUCCAUCAGCCCCUACGAUGAUGGAUCUUGGGAGUGGGACGACGCUAAUAACAGACUCGAGUUUAAAAGCAACAUCAAUGAAGAGUCCCAGACUGUUCCAACAGAUCGAGUCUACGCCUCCAACAUAUUGAAAUCCUUAGAGUUCUCCGACAGUCCCGACUUAUACGAUAUACUUAGAUUUGAAAAGCGUUAUCAAAGGCAAGUCAAAGAUAAUGGCAUUGACGUAGUGACGCUGCAAGAUGUUAAAGAUGUAGUACUAUUUUCGGCAUCGCCGCAAUUUAUCACCAUUCCUAUAGUUAAAAUACUACAUUUGCCAGCGACUGAACGCCUCCUCAGAGCACUCAUAUUUUACUGUCAGUACUACCUGCAAGUUGAAGAAACCCUCAGCCUCCGCUCUUUAGAAAAGAGGCUUCCAUCCAGUAACAGCAUUGCAUACGAAAAAGAGCUAAGCGAAGACUUACAGGACAUGCGAUUCCUUAUAGCAAAAGAAUACAGCACUAUGAUUUUAGGCGGUGACCGAUUCGACAAAUACCAUCACAUGGGGACUAAGAAAACCCUUUCUGCACCUAUACGAGACGCUGUAUUCUACGAAACUUUCUUCCGUCUGAUCACACAGAUAGUUUGGAUAGCUCUCGGUCGGAAAUCUGGCAAGGAUAUCGAAGUUGAAAUCAAUCGACUGUUUAAAUCGGAUAGAUUUAAUUUUGCAGAACAUAAAUACAAUUUUCGAGCAGGUAAAAACGUCCAUGAGCAAUUGUUAAUGUCAGGGGGAUGUGUACGAAGAGAUCGAUUAUUGAAAACGGAGUCACCUUUGAUAAAUGAAAUUUUCUGUCAACGGCCAAUUGCGUACCGCAUGUCAGGAAUAGGCGUCGUGAAGUAUCCAAACUUGACGCCUAGGCUGAGGUAUUUUAAGCGCGUCUUAAUUUUACCAGAGGAGGAGUUCCAGGUAGUCGGAAUAACUGUAGGUAUCCUCGGCCUGUCCAGAAAACUUUUUGAUCCAAUGUUGAAGGAAACGAAACAGAAAAAACAACCAAGGUUAGGAUCUUUAUCUAGAAAAAUGUCUAAAGUUUCAGUCAGUACAGCAUCCGCCGCUCCUACAAUGCUCUUCCCAGAUAUUAAUCUGCCUAAAAAGUCUGACGUACAGGAGUUUGGGGACGAGCUCCCUGGCGAAACUUACUCUCCAAAACCGAUCGAUACUGUACAGAAAAUGAAAUGGUUACAAAAAGUUCGCAAGCGUCUUCAUCGAAAACGAGAAUUAGAAGCAAAUCUUAUGAGAAGACGGUCUAUUGUUCACUGAAAUGUACUUUCUGUUACACAUUUAAAUAUACAGAAGUCCUAACCAGA